AAAAAAAAGAACCAAGGAGAGAGAAAAUCUCAAUGGCCAUGGAAAUAAAAUUGGAUCAUCAUCAUCUUCCUCCUCCUCUACGUUGUUUCCGCUGUCUCUCUCUCUCAAGAACAUCUUCUCCUUCUGCUAUACUCUCUCUCUCCAUCUCCGUCUUCCUCCUUGUCUCCUUCGUAUCGGCAGAUUUCAAUGUCACCUCAAUAGCGUUCGAGGAAGGCUACAGCCCUCUCUUCGGAGAUGACAACGUUGCCCCUUACCCCGAUGGCAGCGGCGUCCGCCUAGUCCUCAAUCCUUACACCGGGGCCGGUUUCAUCUCAUCGAGUCCAUAUCAACAUGGCUUCUUCAGCGCCAAGAUCAAGCUCCCUGCAGAUUAUACAGCCGGUAUUGUCGUCGCCUUUUAUACCUCAAACGGGGACGUGUUCGAGAAGAACCACGACGAGUUGGACAUCGAGUUCCUGGGGAACAUAAGAGGGAAGAAAUGGAGGUUCCAGACGAACCUGUAUGGAAAUGGGAGCACGAACCGGGGCCGGGAGGAGCGAUAUACUCUCUGGUUCGAUCCCACCCGAGAGUACCAUCGGUACAGCAUCCUCUGGACGGACACUAAUAUCAUAUUCUAUGUUGACGAAGUCCCAAUCAGAGAAGUGAUCCGGAACGAGGCGAUGGGCGCGGAUUACCCGGCGAAGCCCAUGUCCCUCUAUGCCACCCUAUGGGAUGGCUCCGACUGGGCCACAGCUGGCGGCCGGUACAAGGUUAACUACAAGUACUCCCCGUUCUUUGCCGAGUUCAAGGACCUCGUCCUCGAGGGCUGUGCAAUUGACCCACUCCAGCAGCUCCCGUCCGACGACUGCUAUUACAAGAAUGCCCACUCCGAGGCCAAGGAUUACGUGACCAUCACGCCUCGACGUCGAGCAGCGAUGCGGAGAUUCCGACAGAGGUACAUGUACUACUCGUAUUGCUACGACGCAUUGCGGUACCCGGUCCCGCCGCCGGAGUGCGUGAUAUCGCCGGUGGAGAAGGAGAGGUUCAAAGACACUGGGAGGCUCAAGUUCGGCGGCAGCCACAAGCGGCAGAAGCGGCGGAGGGGCCGGAUUCAGAGGGAACCAAUCCCCGAUGGACAGUUCGACGACAUGUAGGCAGUUAUUUAGUCCUAUGGAUGAUGCAGUUUGAGAUUCUUAGGAGGGAAAGUGAUAGGGGUAUAUCUCCACAUACAGUGAAUAAGUUUUAUUACUGUGGGAUUUGUUCGAGACUUUCCCUCUUCUUCUUUUUUUGCGAGUUUUCUUUGUGAAUUUGGUGUGAUAGUGUGUAUCUUUUAGGUGCCUGUAUAUGACAGAUUAAAUUACACGUCUUCCUUUUUCAUUAUAAAUAAAUUCAAAUUAGAAUCGGAAUUUGGAGAUUGAAA